CAAAGUACAAAUUUUUAAAAGCUGCAUUGGAGCUUCAUAUAGCAACCAAACGCCGCCGCAUCUUCUCACUCAACCGCCAUCAACAAGCAGCCAUUAACAACCACCGUACAAACCCUAACUUCACCAUCACUUACCAGCCAUGUCCACUCUCUCAUUCGAUCUCAUUGAAGAAAUUCUCUGUAGACUUCCAGUCAAAUCUCUCAUUCAAUUUCAAUCUGUAUGCAAAUCCUGGAAAUUGCUAAUCUCCGAUGACCCCAAAUUCGUCAAGAAACACCUUCAGAUAUCACUCUCUUGCCCUGUUCAGAGCCGCCACCACCUCAUCGUAAACUCAACUGGUAAAGUUGGCUAUUGGAAUUCACCAAUUUCCUCUAUUUUCAACACAAUGUCUAAUGCUAUCAUCACUCAAACCAAGCUUAGCUAUCCUUUGAGUCUGAACUCGAUAUCGUUCAAAGUUGUCGGUUCUUGUCACGGCAUUGUUUGUGGUUCAAUUCCACAUUAUGUUCUUUUUUGGAACCCUUCUAUUCAAAAAUUAAAGAUAUCACCAAAUUUAUAUGCUUAUGUUUGUAACACAAUGUAUGGAUUUGGUUAUGAUCGUUAUAACGAUAAUUAUAAGGUGGUUGCUAUUUCUUGUUAUGAUUCUGGGAAAACUAAAGUGAAUGUUCAUACUACGGGUACAAAUUGUUGGAGGAGGAUCCAGGAGUUUCCUUCUGGUGUUGUUCCCGUUGGAGAAUCGGGGAAAUUCGUUGGUGGUACUGUUAAUUGGUUGGCAUCUGAAAAUGGAGUUGAAUUGAAUUCUUCUUCGUUAUGUAUUGUUUCUCUUGAUUUGGGAAACGAGUCUUAUCAGAAGAUUUUGCAGCCCGAUUACGGAGAUGUAAACGUAGUUAGUUUGACAUUAGGCGAGUUGAGGGAUUGCUUGUGUAUCUUUGCUCGUGGUAAGUCGUUUGUUGAUGUUUGGCUUAUGAAGGAAUAUGGAAAAAAAGAGUCUUGGAAUAAAUUAUUCACAAUUCCUUUUAUCGAAGAUAUUGGUUGUAGCAAAGUUGCAUAUAUUUAUGAGGAUGAACAAGUUUUGUUGGUGUCUAGAGCUAAAGAUAUGUUGAAACCUAAGUUGGUUGUUUAUGAUUCUAAACGUGAUACUUUUAAACUUCCCGAGAUUGAAAACAUCAAUAAUUGGAUGGUUCCAACUGUCUAUGUUGAGAGUUUGAUAACAACUUGUUCUUGAUAUUGCCAUGUUGGUGUUGAUUAUGUCACUUGAUCAUAGGAUUUAGCUGCAGCUUAUAUGUUAAAUUUCUAUUUAUGUUAUUUAUUUUAUGCUAGUUUUCAUUGUUAGUGGCUUCAUAAUUAAUUAAGUAUUAAUGGAUUCUACUGAUUGAGGGUUAAAUUUCCAUUUUCUUUCAUUUAUUUGUUAGUUGGAGUUGUAGGUUCGAAAUCACAUUACAUGGUUUGUGGGUUGAUUUUCUAAAAUCUUUGUUUAUAUAGUUCAUUAGUAUUUGUUAAGAUGAAUGUUAACUUAUGCACAAUUUUGUUUGCUACAAAAUGCAUUAUGACCUUAACAUGUUAUGCCAA